UCGGCUUGCCAUUGACGAAAGAAAGUUCAGUGACGCCUAGCGAAGGUGGUGAUGAAGGACUUUUAAUUGAGAUCAUUUGCUUACCGACCGACCAGACCAAGCACCGGCCGUGUUUACGGUGCUGUCGUCCACAUCCUAUCCUGGCGCCUAUCUGUUGCACAAAGAAUCGAAGAAGUUCAAGCGUUGGUUGCGUGGUACAAGUGAGCGUGAACAGAGGACGCGGAACGUAUUUGCAUCAACAGUAGAGCGGUGAAGUCAACGCGUCCGUCAUACCGGCCUUACUUUCCCUGCCAAUUGCACGAUGGGGGUUAUUAUAUCCAGAUUUCGGAAAGAGAAAAGCACUUUCCAGAAAUUGGAAGAACUGGAGGAAAAAAUCAAAAGCCUCGAAGCCUACACAAUCAGCACCCAGGAACGGCGGAAACGUUUCGUUGGCCGGUUUCUCGUUACCUCGAUCGUGCUGUACAUAGUGGGAUCGUUGAUCUUUUACUUUAUCUUCUUCCCGCCAACGUGGAACGAACGGAUCGUCUACUCCGUUCCACUGCUCAUCUGUCCUAUACUCAUUUUCGUCCUAAAACGGGUACUAGCAUGGCAUUACGAACGAAAGCUACGCUUGAACGCGAACAAGCUGAAGGAUCUGCGCACCGACAAAAAGAAGAUCCUGGAGAAUGUGAUGGAGAAGGAAACGUACAAGGUGGCGGUAGAAAUAUUGGACAAAUUCGGUGACAAGUCGCACCGCAUUCAGACGCAAGCGUUUAGCGCAUCGCUUACGCCGCUCCGUGCCCCAAAACCGAUGCCCGUCGGUCAACCGGCUCCCCGCAUGCCGACACCAAACGUGCCCCAACGGCAGCAGAUAUCUCCUCCCUCGGUAGCGGUACGUCCGGCGACACCGAUGACACCGCAGAUGCGACCAACCGGUCCCAUGCUCACACCACACACGGCACCCGGGUUAAUGAUAAGGGGGCCACCGCCGCAGUACCGUCAACAGAGCCCCAUGUACGGUGCGCGUGUAAAUAAUGCAGUCUACCGAAGAACUCCGUUCCCGAUCAUCAACCAAAGCGAGAAGGGCGUGCUGGAGAAGAUGGUCGAUUAUUUGGUGGGCGACGGACCGACCAAUCGGUUUGCCAUGAUUUGCGCCGAAUGUUGCAUGCACAACGGAAUGGUUCUAAAGGAAGAAUACGAGUACACUGCUUUCCGGUGUGCGUUUUGUAAUGCAUUGAAUCCGGCGAAAAAGCAGCGCCCCGUUGCUCCGCUGCUCCCCUACGAACAGAAUCAGCUUGACAGGCUUUCCCAGAAGCCUGACACAAGCUCCGAAUCGGAAGGGGAUGAAGAUGGGGAGGAGGUACGCUCCUCGGCCGGGUCGUCUCAAUCGGGCGAACCACGAAGCCCGGGCGUCGGAGAGGAAGAACCAUUCGAACCAGAGCAGGAGGUUAAGGAAGGAGAAAUGCUGCGCAACAUUGCCAACAGUGAAGCGGAAAAAUCGCCCGACGUCAGUGAUGCUGCUGGUGGUAGUGAAGCAUCGACACCAAACGACGACGACGACGACGACACCACAGGGACGCCGGCGACGCUCAGCAACCCCGACAGUACCGAAGUGCCAAGUAGACCGGAAACCGUGGGGUCGAAAAAAGUGGACUGAACUGAUUUUUACCACUCUCGCGGAUCAAAUUGUUGCGGUGUUGUUUUGUUUACCUUGUUUUUCUACACCUAUUGAUCUAAAUGUUUCACCUCUUUUAAAAAUCUAUAUCAAAACAUCGUUCUCUGCAUUUUUUUCCGGACUGCCGCUAGCCCGACAACGAUUGCUCGCUGCAGUCUGCCAACACUGAGAUUAGAUUUCACAAUAAGCUAGCUUUUCCAUUACAAAAGAAAGAAAGAAGCAACAGGCGACAGGUUGACUGGGACCGUCGUGUACAGUCCUGCAUUUAGGAACAGCACUGCACCACCAAGCACCCAAGGUAGAGGAAGUUUCACUAGUCAAAAACAAAACAUAAAAUGUAUCUUUGGAGCGAAAACAAAAAGGCGCAACCGAUCGGGUGUGAUCAUUGAUGAGUGAAAGUAGCGGUAUAUUCGGUAACAAUUGUGUAAGUGAAACUCUUUGCCAACGCGAUAGAACGUGCCUAACCUAGCGGAAGUGUGGUAGUAAUUGUGAAUUUGAAUCAAUAUUUACAGCAUUUUCUUUCUGUUCCUUUUUGUUUCUUGGAAAAGCGCAAAAAUGUGGCCAGUCAGUGCACGUGUGAGAGAGUGUGCGUGUGUGUGUGCGGGAACUGUAGGUAAAAUUGCUAGUUAAAUUACUAGGAAAAAGGACUCGUUUGUUGAUCUUUGAACGCUCUUGUUGUAAUUUUAGUACUUAGCGUAAGGCCUUGCAAUAAAAAAAGAAAGAAAUAACAUGAA